AUGACGAUGCUUGAAUUAACGAAAAUUUUCACGAGUUUUUUCUUGUUUUUUUUCUGUUGUAAUGGAAUGCUGGUACCGAUUGACAAAAAUGGACAGAUGACUGAUGGCCGUUUCAGUGGGAACCAAGAAACACCACUUCAUUGGAGGAACAUAGCUAAGGAAGAUCUGAACAGGCGCAUUAACUGGAAACCAAAUGUGGGCGUUGCAAAAAACGUGAUAUUUUUUCUUGGAGACGGAAUGGGUAUAUCCACGGUGACCGCAGCACGGAUCCUGAAGGGCCAACUGCAGAACAGGACUGGAGAGGAAGGACAGCUGGCCUGGGAUGAAUUCCCUAAUGCAGCAUUAAGCAGGACAUAUAAUCAAGACCACACUACCCCGGAUUCUGCUGGAACUGGAACUCAGUACCUAUGUGGUGUCAAAUCUAACUUGGGCAUGCUUGGAUUGGAGGCACGGGUCACAAGAGGGGACUGUGAAGCCUCAAAGGAUGCACAUCUAACGUCUAUUUAUGACUGGUCAAUGGCAAAAGGAAAGGCAGUUGGGGUGGUAACUACUACACGUAUCACUCACGCAACUCCGGCCGCCGGAUACGCCAACGUAGCUGAUCGGGACUGGGAAGGGGAUACUCCCAUGGGGAAAGUAUUUGGGAAAGGCUGUAAAGACAUAGCCGUACAGUUAGUGGAGGAAAACGCCGACAUUAAGGUCUUAAUGGGCGGAGGAAGGAAAUUCUUAUUACGGAACACGGAUAAGGACCCGGAAAACAGAAACAUUACAACGCACGGACGAAAGGACGGACGAAAUUUGAUACAGGAGUGGAUUAAUAACAAACAAGAAAGAAAACUUUCCCAUCGUUUUGUAUGGAAUCUGACUGAAUUCAACUCUGUCGACCCAACCAAAACGGACUACUUACUGGGAUUAUUUGAAGCUGACCAUAUGCAAUAUGAAGUUGACAGAGAGGAUCCGGCGUAUGAGACAGCAGGGGAGCCCUCUCUAGCGGAGAUGACGGGAAAGGCUAUACAGAUACUACAACGCAACACCAAGAAGGGUUUUUUCUUACUCGUUGAGGGAGGACGAAUUGACCACGCCCAUCACGAAAAUCUUGCUGACAGGGCAUUGCACGAUGUGUUGGCAUUAGAGAAAGCUGUACAAACAGCAAUGGACCUUACCAGUGAGAAAGACACACUGAUCGUAGUCACCGCCGACCACUCUCAUACGUUUGUUUUGUCAGGAUACCCGUCUAGAGGCAAUCCGAUACUUGGUCUGGUCGAUGACAUGAAAGGUGGUGUCAAACUUGCACAAGAUAACAAACCCUAUACCACUCUCCAGUAUACAAACGGACCCGGAGGACUGGAGAUGCAGUCGCUGAUGGCGAAUGAAACUUAUACUGGAAGACAUAAUCUCACUGCUGUUCACACUGAAUUUAAGGAUUUUACCACACAGUCCGCAAUCCCUCUAGACUACGAGACUCACGCGGGAGAAGAUGUCGGUAUAUACGCAAGAGGACCGAUGUCACAUCUCUUUCAAGGAGUACACGAACAGCACUAUAUUCCACACGUUAUGGCGUUCGCUUCCUGUGUUGGUGAUUACCGAGACGAUUCUAAUUGCGCAGCUUCCCUGGUUAGCGAAAAUACCGAUGUGAAUGCCGCAGAAUCAUUGAGAGGUCAUUUGAUUCAUAUUUGCACAGUCCUUUUUGUAAUUUUAUUAGAACUGCUUUGA